CCCGCUGCCCCGGGUGAGGCUCCCUGCGAUGCCUUCUCACCCCUCCUUCCCUCCCCCAGGAGGCAGCAGUAUGUGGGCAAGCUCAAGUUCGCCUCCCUGGAGGCCUCGCAGGGCUCAAAGAAGCUCAUUGUGGCCACCGAGAAGAACGUCGUGGCUGCGCUGAACUCCAGGAACGGCGAAAUCCUGUGGCGCCAUGUAGAUAAGGGAACUCCCGAAGGAGCAAUAGAUGCGAUGCUGAUCCACGGACAGGAUGCCAUCACUGUGUCCAAUGGUGGGCGCAUUCUCCGCUCGUGGGAGACCAACAUUGGUGGGUUGAACUGGGAGACCUCACUGGACACCGGAAGUUUCCAGAUGGCUAGUUUGGUGGGGCUACAGGACACAGUGAAAUAUGUGGCAGUCCUGAAGAAGGCAGCUGUCUCUCUUCACUACCUGUCCAAUGGGCACCAGAAAUGGGUAGAGCAUCUACCAGAAAGUGAGAGUACUCAGUACCAGCUAUUGUAUUCCCGCGGGACUGGAGUGAUCCACGUACUUGGAAUUGUUCCUCAGAGCCACUUGAAUGUUCUGACCUUCAGCGUAGAGGAUGGAGAAAUUACAAAACAGAUCAGAAUAGCAGCCCCGUGGCUGAAGAGCUUAAAUGGAGCGUGCGGCGUGGUCGGGGAGGCAGUGCUGGUGUGCGUGGACAUGGACGCGCACUCGCUCUAUGUUUGCUCCUUGGAGACGGAGCAGGAGAUGAAGCAGAUCCCACUGCAGUCGCUUGACCUGGAGUUUGCUGAUGGCUUCCAACCCAGGAUAUUGGCCACUCAACCCAAUCUCGUCAGUGCUUCGCGGACCCAGUUUUUCCUGCAGCUGUCUCCGAGCCACUUCUCCCUGCUGCAAUACAGGCACGGGCUGCUCAGCCACCUUCGGGACUUCCAGCAGGCAGCUCUGGUGAGCUUUGCAACGACUGGGGAGAAAACUGUGGCUGCUGUCCUCACCUGCCGGAGUGAACUGAAAUCCGGAAGUUCUGAUGGCCUUCGUAGUGGAAAUAAUCUGGAGGAUUCCCAAAAAAAGGAAUCCUUGACUUGUUCCAAUCACACCUACAAUAUUAAUCUCUACCUGGUUGAAACUGGACAAAGAUUGUUGGACACCACAAUUACCUUUAACCUGGAUCAGAGUGGUGCCAAACCAGAGCAGCUAUACAUCCAGGUCUUUCUGAAGAAGGAUGACUCUGUGGGCUAUCGAGCGCUGGUGCAAACAGAAGACCACAUGCUAUUGUUCCUCCAGCAGCCAGGAAAGGUUGUGUGGAGCAGAGAGGAGUCACUAGCAGAAGUGGUAAGCUUGGAGAUGGUGGAUCUACCUCUGACAGGUGCACAGGCUGAGCUGGAGGGGGAAUUUGGAAAGAAAGCGGAUGGUUUGCUAGGGAUGUUCCUGAAGCGGCUCUCCUCCCAACUUAUCCUGCUGCAAGCCUGGACUGCCCAUCUUUGGAAGAUGUUUUAUGAUGCCAGGAAACCCCGGAGCCAGAUUAGGAAUGAGAUUAAUAUUGAUAACUUGGCUAGAGAUGAAUUCAACCUCCAGAAAAUGAUGGUGAUGGUCACUGCUUCGGGAAAGCUUUUUGGUAUUGAAAGCAGUUCUGGCACCAUCCUGUGGAAGCAGUACCUCAAGAAUGUGAGACCGGGUUCCUCCUUUAAGCUGAUGGUCCAGAGAACAACAGCCCAUUUCCCCCACCCUCCGCAAUGUACGUUGCUCAUUAAGGACAAGGAAACCAAAAUGAGUUUUCUCUAUGUCUUUAACCCCAUCUUUGGGAAGCGGAGCCAAGUAGCUCCCCCUGUUCUGAAGCGUCCGAUCCUUCAGACUUUGCUUCUGCCUAUUAUGGAUCAAGACUAUGCCAAAGUGCUGCUCCUGAUUGAUGAUGACUACAAGGUUACGGCUUUCCCAGCGACUAAGAAUGUUCUUCAUCAGUUAGAAGAAAUAGCCCACUCUAUUUUUUUUUAUCUAGUGGAUGCUGAUCAGGGAAAACUCUCUGGGUUGAGGCUGAAAAAGGACCUGACAACAGAGGAGAGUUGGGAGGUGAUCAUUCCCACGGAAGUGCAGAGGAUAGUGACUGUGAAAGGGAAGAGAUCCAGUGAGCAUGUGCACUCCCAGGGCCGUGUGAUGGGUGAUCGCAGUGUUCUCUACAAGUCCUUGAAUCCAAACCUGCUUGCUGUGGUGACGGAGAGCACUGAUACGCAUCAUGAGCGCACUUUCAUUGGAAUACAUCUGAUCGAUGGAGUCACAGGCAGGAUCAUCCACUCGUCGGUACAGAAGAAAGCAAAGGGACCUGUGCACAUUGUCCAUUCGGAGAACUGGGUGGUGUACCAGUACUGGAAUACUAAGGCACGUCGGAACGAGUUCACGGUGCUGGAGCUGUAUGAGGGGACGGAACAAUACAACGCCACAGCCUUCAGCUCCCUUGACCGCCCACUUUUACCUCAGGUCCUCCAGCAAUCUUACAUCUUCCCUUCUGCUAUCAGUGCCAUGGAGGCCACCAUCACUGAACGAGGCAUCACCAGCCGUCACUUGCUCAUUGGGCUUCCCUCUGGGGCCAUCCUCUCCCUUCCGAAGGCUCUGCUGGAUCCUCGCCGCCCUGAAAUCCCUACAGAACAAAGCAGAGAAGAGAAUUUGAUUCCGUAUUCUCCUGACGUGCAGAUCCACGCUGAGAGGUUUAUCAACUACAAUCAAACCAUAUCGCGAAUGAGAGGGAUUUAUACAGCCCCCUCUGGCCUAGAGUCCACCUGUUUGGUUGUUGCAUACGGCCUGGACAUCUAUCAGACCCGAGUGUACCCAUCGAAGCAGUUUGAUGUCCUGAAAGACGACUAUGACUACGUGCUGAUAAGCAGUGUCCUCUUUGGCCUGGUUUUCGCCACUAUGAUUACAAAGAGACUUGCUCAGGUGAAGCUACUGAACCGUGCCUGGCGGUAGGCCCGUGGGUGAAGGGAACGCUGAGGGCAUCGACGAGGCUGGAGAAGAAGGUAUCUGAGAUUCGGACUGGCUGAUGAUCUGCGACCCAGUGUCGCCGCUGGGUCCAAUUAGAAGCUCCUGUUUGCCUGGCUGUGACAGAGGCAAGCGUCUAUUUUGUGUUUCUGCUGGAAGAUGUUUGAAAGGAGGAGCUGCCAGUACGCUGCCUGUACACCUCCCUGUGAGAAGAAAUGGAAAAGAGAUAGUAAAGCGACAUCCGACUGUUAUGACUAAAAAACCUUCAAAACCUUCCCCCCCCAAAAAGUCUGAAAAAAGUCCUAAUGUCCUAAAAUCUGGUGAUCAUGUUAUCUUCCCAAAGCAACAUAACCCAAUUUUAGUGAAGAGCUGAACAACGAACUGAGGAUGAGUGUCCCGCUGAUGCUAACCUCUUCUUCAACCCCCACUAUUACUAAAGUCUUGGUAAGAGGAGGAGUCGCACACUGAUGGCUACUGUGCUUUAAAUGCUGGACUUGGUAAAUGUGUGAGCUACUGUAUGCAAGACAGAGAACUGACUCAGCAUCUCCUCUCCCUCUGAUAAGAGGGACAUUAGAAGUUGUAUGAAUGUUGGUGGGAAAUUCAAGUAUGUUGCAAGAGCAUGGGGGGAAUCUGAUUGUCAUGUUUCUCAUGCUUUUUAUUUAUUGUGGCUACACCACUGGUUCCCUCCUAUUUUGGAAAUUUUCCUGUGUCUGGUGUACACCAUACAGCUCAUUUGUUUGGAUGUUUCUGGCGUCGUUCUUUAACGGAAAGAAAAUAAGAGUCGUGUCCAUAAAGGCGAGAUGUGAAUUUCA